AUGUCCCAUGGGGGUGCAGGGCAGGAGGUGGAGCUCACGCCCACCCUGGCGCUGGCCACACUGAGUGCAUCCCUGGGUUCUGCCUUCCAGUACGGUUACAAUCUCUCUGUGGUCAACACGCCACACCAGGUCUUGAAGUCAUUUUACAACCAAACCUACUUCGAGCGCCACGGAGCACCCCUGGAUGGGACCACACUUCUGCUGCUGUGGUCCUGUACGGUGUCCAUGUUUCCCCUGGGCGGCCUGCUGGGGUCCCUCGGGGUCGGCCUGCUGGUGGAUCGCUGUGGCAGAAAGGGAGCCCUGCUGUUCAACAACAUCUUCGCCAUCGUCCCUGCCAUCCUGAUGGGCGUCAGCAGCGUGGCCCGGGCUUUCGAACUGAUUAUCAUCGCCAGGGUGCUGGUGGGAGUCUGUGCAGGUGUGGCCUACAGCGCCCUCCCUAUGUAUCUGGGUGAGCUGGCACCUAAGGACCUGCGCGGGGCUCUGGGGACAAUGACUGAGGUCUUCGUCAUCCUUGGAGUCUUCCUGGCACAGGUCCUCAGUCUCCAGGCCAUCCUGGGCAAUGCCACAGGCUGGCCAGUGCUCCUAGCUGUCACCGGGGUCCCUGCGAUUCUGCAACUGUUGUCGCUGCCUUUCUUCCCCGAGAGCCCCCGCUACACCCUCAUUCAGAAAGGAGAGGAAGAAGCCACGCGGCGAGCUCUGCGUAGGCUGAGGCGCGGGGACGACGUGGAGGCAGAGCUGGAGGAGAUGCGCACCGAGGAGCGGGCGGAGCGCGCCUCAGGCCCUGUGUCCCUGCGCCGCCUGGUGGCCCAGCGGUCGCUGCGCUGGCAGCUCGUGUCUGUCGUCGUACUCAUGGCCGGCCAGCAGCUGUCGGGGAUCAACGCGAUCAAUUACUAUGCAGACACCAUCUAUGUGUCGGCUGGCGUGGACCCCAUGCAGUCCCAGUACGUGACCGUGGGGGCCGGCGUAGUCAACAUAGUGAUGACCAUCAUCUCGGCGUUCGCCGUGGAGCGGCUGGGCCGGCGCCUCCUCCUGCUGCUGGGCUAUGGCAUCUGUGGUAGUGCUUGUCUGGUGCUGACCCUGGCACUGCUCUUCCAGAGCAGGGUCCCUGAGCUCUCCUACCUGGGCAUUAUCUGCGUCCUGGCAUACAUCGCGGGACAUUCCAUCGGGCCAAGUCCCGUACCCUCAGUGGUGAGGACCGAGCUCUUCCUGCAGUCCUGGCGACCAGCUGCCUUCAUGGUGGAUGGGUUUGUGCACUGGCUCACCAACUUCGUCGUGGGCUUGGUGUUCCCGUCUGUCCAGGCUGGCCUGGGUCCCUACUGUUUCAUCACGUUCAUGGCGCUCUGCGCGCUCACCGCCGCCUACACCUGCGUGGUCAUCCCCGAGACCAAGGGCAAGACCUUCGUGGAGAUCAACCGCAUUUUUGCAAAGAGGAACGGAGUGGAGAUUCCCGAGGAGAUUGAGAAAGUCGCUGGUGUGAGCCUUCACCUGCCCACCACGCCCACCAAGGAGACUGCCCUCUAG